ACACAAAGGAUGCAGGGGCCAGUGUACCCUGUCCAUAUGGUUAUGGAAAUUGGAGAGCUGGUUAUGGCUGUAAACAAAAUGUCAGUAACAUUAUUCACCAUCCAUUAUAAAUCCAAAGUAAAAAAGCUGAACAAAGUUUUGCUUGACAUUGAUGAAUGUGGAACUGGAAGGCAUAGCUGUGCCAAUGACACUGUUUGCUUUAACUUGGAUGGUGGGUACGACUGUCGAUGUCCCCAUGGCAAGAACUGCACAGGAGACUGUAUCCAUGAAGACAAAAUCAAGCACAAUGGACAGAUUUGGGUGCUGGAGAAUGACAGAUGCUCUGUCUGCUCAUGCCAGAAUGGCUAUGUGAUGUGCCGGCGAAUGGUCUGUGACUGUGAAAAUCCCACCGUUGACCUAUUUUGCUGUCCUGAAUGUGACCCAAGGCUCAGCAGUCAAUGUUUACAUCAGAGCGGGGAGCUUUCCUACAACAGCGGUGACUCCUGGGUACAGAACUGUCAGCAGUGUCGCUGUUUGCAAGGCGAAGUUGAUUGCUGGCCCUUGCCCUGCCCGGAGGUGGAUUGCGAAUUCAGCGUCCUCCCUGAGAAUGAGUGCUGCCCACGAUGUGUCACUGACCCCUGCCAAGCGGACACCAUUCGCAAUGACAUCACUAAAACCUGUCUGGAUGAAACCAGUGUUGUUCGCUUCACUGGAUCUUCUUGGAUUAAGCACGGCACAGAGUGCACCCUCUGCCAAUGCAAGAAUGGCCACGUCUGUUGCUCAGUGGACCCACAGUGCCUUCAGGAACUGUGACACCAACACCCAUCUCUCACAAGCAGUUUCUGGUUAAAGAAUUUUCCUUCACAAAAAAAAACCUUUAGACCAAAAAUUGUACAAAAUAAAAACUAAAAUUAGAUUGGUUUUGUCCAUCUAAAGUGCAGAUAUGUGAUGAACUCAGUUACCUGAAUCAGACUGAAAUUUAUGGGACUCAAGACAAGCUCAGAUGUGUAAACCUUUGUAUGAGGUUAGGCCCAAAUCUUCUGGCUAUUUGUGUGACAUCAUACUGCAGAAUAUUUAGGUUAGUGUAAAGUGACACAUUGUAAUGCUGUACAUAACGAUGUCAAGAUCCAAAAUCAAGGAGGAGCUCUUACAGGGUCUUCCGAAGCUUUGAGAGUCCAGUACUUGAUCAGAUGCAGAGAUUUUUACCUAAUCAUAUUUGGAUCUGCACAAAUGUGUUUGCUCACUGCAGAAUUUAGCAGAUGUUUAAGUAAAAGGAUGAAGCCUUCAGGAAUAAAGAACCUAGCAGCUAAGAUGUGGUAUGUACAGUAUGUGCGCUGGAAAAAAAAAAAAAGAUAGAAGUUAUUGUAAAACAAAAAAAAACCAAAAAAAAAAACCAAAAAAGAAAAACCGUGAUGCACAGGCAUGGCUUCUUAAUGUUUUCUGAUGGGAAAAGUCAUCAAUAUUUCCUUGUUUUACUGCACUUACUAUUAUUUCUUGAUUGAAUUUGUUCAGUAUAAGCUCGUUAUUGUGCAAAUUUAAAUAAAUAUUUCUCUUACCUUAA